AUACAUGUUUCCAGUGAGACUGAGAGCUGACUUGAGACUGACGCCUGUAAAGUUGAGCAGAGUAAAGCAGCAGGAGACAGAGCUUCCAGCUGCUCUCUGCUGCUCCUCCCACCUGCAGCAACUCAGGAUCCAGUUGCAGGUUAGUUUUCACCCAGCGAGGAGCAACAUAGAGAGGUUUAAACUGGUCUGGAAAGGGUCAGACACGGCUGCAGAAAACAACCUUAGCUAAAGCAAAAUCUAUCCAAAAGAACCUUAACCACCGUUUCAAUAUAUGAUUUUAUACAAUGGAUAAAGCACACACAGUUUGUGUUAACAACUGACACUGACUUGACUUGGAAGAACAGAACCAGAACUUUGGGAGCUUCAAAAAGAACUGUAUGAACUGAAGCACUGAUCAUGUUGAGCCACUAGACACUAACUCAAAGCAGUGGAAAGCAGCGAGUGGCAGCAGUCAUCAUGAUCGACCUGAGUUUCCUGACGGAGGAGGAGCAGGAGGUCAUCCUGGCUGUGUUGAGAAGAGAUGCUGAGCUGAAGAAGGCUGAGGAACAGCGAGUCCAGAACCUACAGAAGACUGUGAGUGGGGGCCAGCUGCGGUACAUGACUGGAGAAUGGUUCUACGAGACCAAGCAGCUUCGUCAUCAGGAUCGCAUCCAUGGCUCCGAGAUCAUCAUGGCCUCCAUCAGACACUCACAUAAACCCCUGACUACAUUGGAGCUCCCCGAGAUAUGGCCUGAGAAGCCAAGUGAUGUCAGCAGUGAAAAUAAAGACGUGUUCGUCCCACCUGUACUCUGUGGAGUCCUUCAAAAGCCUGAAUGUCAAAACCAGAAGCCAUAUGAAACACCUCAAGAUACACCAAAGCCAGUUUUACAGUCGCCCACAAAGCAAAGGAAAAAUCCAUUCAACAGUGAUGUCAUUGCAAAUCACCCUUUUGAAGAAAAGGACAGUCAGUUAUUGGACGGAGCAGUGGAUCAAACCCAGACACCGAAUGAGGAGCCUUUACCAUCAUCUGAUACCUGCAUUUCUUAUGCUAGUAACAUUAAACAAGACCUUAAUGACAGCCCGAAUGCAUUUGUUCCCAUGCCAAUGCCCGAAAACAGAGAAGUGAUCACCAGUUCUCAGCACUGUUUUUUUGAGGAAGACAGGCAAGGAGAUCAGCAGACUAACACUGCUGCUCCGAGGGGCAUCCUCAAGCGCUUGUCCAUUUCUAGCUCCACAGACUCUCUGUUCUCUCACCUGGACCUGCAGAGUCCAGCUAGCCUGGAUUCUCUCUCUGAGACCUGGAUAGACAGGAAGCAGGUGAGGUUCAGCUACACAGUCGGUUGGAGCGGAGUGGAGUGGCAAGAUGGGAAGGAGCUGGGAGAGCACAGUUUGCUAGACGUCGACUCCAUCACUCCCUCUGAGCUUGAAAGUAAUAGUGACCUUGACCAUACUGGCAGUACCACUGUUGGCACAUGUAGGCCUUUACUUAGACAGAGUCAAGUGGAUUCACAGGAAGGUGAACUCAAUUGCAAAGAUGAGGCAAGCCUCCAAGAGCAAGAAGCUGGCCAACACCCUGUCCUUGGUGAUGUCUCUGAGCACUGUCAUUCAGAGGUCCUAAGCCAUGCAGUGCCCAAACUCGUUUCUGCUGAGCAGGAGUCAGGUAAGCCUGUUCACCUGGAGACAGAGCCUGAAGAGGAACAGCACUCUCAGGCUAAAGCCACAGACUGGCCAACUGGACACAACAUCCAUCCCCAAAAGCUUCCUGAACAAAGAACUGACAUUUCUGUUGAGGUCACCUCAGAUACCAAGCCGUCUAAUGGCAGCUCAAAGGGUUCAUCUCAUGCUGUUUCACCAAAGCCUAGACACAUUUUUGAGAAAGAGAGAACUGCUGAAGUACAGAGUCCACAAAAAGAAGAGGUAAAGGUACCAAAGCAGAAAGAACCAGGCAACACCCAGAAUCUCUCUCAAGGUGCUGCAGAUACGACCGUGAACAAAUGUGCAAGUGUCAAACAGGAAGCUAAACCCUCUGAGAUGACAGAAGUCAGACCACUACCACUGACAGCACUGCAGAACACUCCGUUUGAAGAAACAGUGACCUCAGUAGAUGCAGACACUCAACAGGAGGCAACAGAAGGCAGAGUUGUUCAGCUUCCAGAGAGACUAUCCAAUCUGAAAACUUUCUGGGAGAGAGAAAACCAUGGUCCCAAAAUAAUAUUUACCAGAGAAGAGGCAAGGAGCGAAGAUAUCACCAAAAGAGGAAUAGAAGCUUCACAUGGCUGUCAGACUAACUCUGAUGUGAAGAGCAUGAACAACAAUCUCUCACCUGAAAUGGAAAUGACAGUUGAGGAUACUGUUGGCAGGUCCCAAGAAAAGAGUUUGUCACCAAAGACUGACUACAUCUUCUUAAUAGAUUUAUCUAAAGAAGAUGGCACAUAUAGAGCUAACCCAGUCCUCAUCUAUGAAGAGACAGAUGACUCUUUAACAGGUUCAGUAACAGAGUCACAGAUUUCUGAGCCACAGGAAAACGUCAUGGCUCCUGUACCUUCCUCUGUAGCCUUCAACACCCAAAAGCAAGAGAGGGAUAUUCCAGUUCCCCCUCCCAGACAGUCCAGUUCAAGUCCUCAAGAGGACAGUCCAACAUCCAGUAACACAGUGGUUUCCCCACAGGCUGAUCUGAGAACAUCCAUAGAUAACAGAGAGAAGACUGAGGGAGAGGCACAAGCGUCUCCAUACAAAACCAAGUCUAAUGUUGUUUUGAAAUCAUUAAAAGUGACAGACAAGAGUUUUGUCAGUCAGAGUCCAGACAGGUCACAGCUGAGGAGUCUUGGUAGUACUGGGGAUGUCCAGUCAACAUGUCACCAAUCCCAAGUCAAGGCUAAUACAGAGCAUCAAGAAAGACCCCUCAGUGCUAGUAAAUCCCAAACUCCAAGAUCAAAAGACCAGGAUGACGAAGUCAGGAGGAGUCCAUUAAAGACCUUCCAUCCAAGGGUCCUACCUAGAGAAUCAUCCAGUCCUAAGAGAUCCAAGCAGGAAAGCUCUCCCUUGAAAACCUUUUCAAUAGACAUCAACCCCCAAACUAAGGUGGUUGAAGAACAAGAAGUGAAGCCGACACCAGUACCAAGACAGAAGAAGAGUCCCUCACACGAAACUAUGCAGACAGACACUAACCCUAGCACAGACAUCACCUCUCGUCCUCUCCCUUUACUUUCAGAGGACAGAGCGGCUUAUUUUGGCAAUGAGAAUACACAACAAAGUAGUUCAAGCUCCUUUACUUCAACACAAUCCCAAAAAGCUUCAGAAGAGAAGUUGGGGACCUUUACAAGCCUUGCCAGAUCUCUCAUCCCUCAGGAUUAUCAGCACUACCUUGGGCCACAGGAGAAGGCCCAUGUCCCUCCUUUUCACCAAGACAGAGCUGUUGCGGCAGAAACGGAAGUGGAACACACACCACAAAAUGCCCUCAGAGACUUUGUGGGAAACCAGAGAGACAGUUCCACUGUGGGGAAUCCUCCCGGAGUCACUUCUUCGAUUGUGCAAAAUAAAGACGGCUACUCCAGCCAAAACACAACAACCAGGGCCUGGUCUCUGUCUCGGGCAAGUUCAGGCAGUCAUGAUGACAGUUCUACGCCCAUCAUUCCAGCCCUUGAACGAUUAUCUUCAAGGAACAUGUCCUCAUCCAAAAGUCUGGAAAACCUCACCUCACAAACAAUUUCUUUGCUUCCACCAUCAGCCUCAACUCUCCCCAACUCACAGCAGAUGAAAAGCAGUGUGUCAGUGACUGUUCUUAAGCAGGACGAGACAGACAGUGACGGCACUUUUGAGACCAUCUUGGGCUGGAGAAGAAACACGGGCAGCUCCUCAUCUAACUUAAGUCUCUCCUCAGGAAUGGCCUCCAUGUCGUCUGUCAGCGGCAGCAUGAGCAGCAUUCACCCUGCAGAUUUUGGUGACGUUGAGGUCCAUGGAAGCAUCCAGUUUGCUGUGAACUACAUCCAGAAGCUUGGAGAGUUUCACAUAUUUGUGGUGCACUGCAGGGAUCUGGCCAUGGCCGAAACUAAGAAGAACUACACUGACCCGUAUGUGAAAUGUUACCUUCUUCCUGACAAAACCAAGUUGGGAAAGAGAAAAACCACUGUAAAAAAGAAGACUUUAAACCCAACCUACAAUGAAAUCCUCAAGUUUAAAAUCCUAAUGGAAGUGUUGAAAACUCAGAAUCUGAACAUAUCGGUGUGGCACAACAACACUUUUGGGUGGAACGGUUUCCUGGGCGAGGUGGACCUGGAUUUGUCAGAGUGGGACUUCAGCAACACUCACAUAAAUGAAUUCCCACUAAAGGCCAGGUUCUCAGCACAAAGUCCAGCGCCGUCUCCCCUGCUAGUGAUGGACAGCAGAGGACAGAUGAGAGUCGCCCUGAGAUUCCUGCCGCAGACUUCCCACAGUAAGAGGACAUCUAGGAUAGAGACUGGUGAGGUACAAAUCUGGGUGAAAGACUGCAAGAAUCUUCCUCCAGUCAGAGGAGUUAUUAUCGACCCGUUUGUGAAAUGCACUGUGCAUCCUGACACGAGCCGGAGAAGCCGACAGAAGACGCGGGUGGUGAAGAGGACCGCCAACCCGAUGUUUAACCACACCAUGGUGUACGACGGCUUCCGACCAGAGGACCUUAGAGAGGCCUGUGUGGAGAUCACAGUGUGGGAUCACGACCGACUCAACAACCACUACAUUGGCGGUCUGAGGCUUGGGUUAGGGACAGGGAAGAGUUACGGGUUCAACGUGGUUUGGAUGGAUUCAACGACAGAUGAAGCAAACGUAUGGCAAAGGAUGUUACAGUCUGAUGGUGAAUGGGUGGAGGAUGUUUUACCUCUGAGAAUGUUGGUCAUGGCAAAAAGCAUGUCAAAGUGAGAUUGUAUAAAAUGUGUGGAAACUUUAUGGGAGCACACUGUAUGCACAUUUGGAUGGAUCUGAGUGGAAGUAGCAGCCUUAAUGAGCAAUGUGUAUGUAUCUGUAUUAUAAAUAAAUACGCUUCCAGCAUCCUUAUAAUAUAUAUGAUACAAAAUAGGGCCAAGAAUACAAUCUAAAUUAUAAAAAUUAUAGAUUGUUUCGAUCUAAGCACUAAUGAUUAGUCCUAUUGUUCUAUUAAGUAAUUACUGCAUCAAACAAUUCUCUCUUCAAUAAACAAUAUAUUCAUGUGA